GAAAAAUCAAUAUAGCGAAAACUGGGGGACUGGUUUUCAAAAAAUUGGUGUGAAAUAUUUCCCGGCGACAAUUGGUCUGAUAUAUUUUCCGGCGACGAUGACGGUGGACGCCACGUCAGCCGUAUGUAAUUUGGGGAUUCUGGACUCUCUGAACAAUUCGAGUUCAGUGAUUGAGCUACUAGAAACCUGGAACGCAUUCUGUUUAUCUUCACAAUCACUCGUCUCUACUCAUUAUUCUUCCAACUCAGACCCUUCCCUUGCUCGUGAUUUCGCCUCUCAAGUCCACAUUCUCCGGAGCCACGGCCUCCAAUCUCUCAUCCAAGACCACUUUCUCAGUCUCAUUCAGCAAUUUUUCCUCAGUAACGGAGUGUCCAACUUCUGGUGCCAUUUCGAUGCCUACGCAGAUAUUGUCGAUACGGACCUGGCUUAUGAGGAUGAGGUUCAGCAAGUUCUACAUGUGGCUUUGGAAGAGAUCACAUUGGAAAAACAAAAACAGGAGCGAUGUUUGACUAUGCUUACUGAUGCUUUACAGUCCUGCAAAGAUACUACAUCAGAGGGAUCACAGAAGUCUGCCACCGACAGCGCAUACCUUUCUUCCAAAUAUCAAUUGAUAGUGUCUUCCACACUGAUGACCACUCUUCCUCGUCAUUUUCCUCAGAUACUGCACUGGUAUUUUAAGGGGCGGCUUGAAGAAUUAAAUACAAGUUUGGAUGAAGAGUAUCAAGAUCUUGACAGAUUGCAAGAUGACGAAGACAUGGAUCUAGAUAGUAAAGAAAAAUUCUUUAAUGAGAAAAGCGACAUGGGAAGUGACAAAUCCUAUCCUCAAGGAAAGUUGCUGGAGAACAAUAAUUUAGUGAAGAACAUUGGAAAGGUUGUGCAUGAUCUUCGAAGUCUGGGAUUCACAUCUCUAGCCGAAGAUGCUUACGCAUCUGCUAUAUUUAUGCUUCUAAAGGCUAAAGUUAAUGAGUUGGCUGGUGAUGACUAUAGGACUUCUGUUUUGGAGGCCAUCAAAGGUUGGAUACAGGCCGUGCCCCUCCAGUUUUUGCACGCUCUUCUUGCUUAUCUUGGUGACACUGUCAGCAAUGGGCCACAUUCUUCAAUUCUGAGAUCACCGUUAGCAUCUCAUCCAAAUUCACGUUAUCCUGGUACUGAGGCUCCAUCUGAAGGACUUGUUAGAUGGCAAUUACGACUAGAAUAUUUUGCCUAUGAAACCUUGCAAGAUUUAAGAAUAGCAAAACUCUUCGAAAUAAUUGUGGACUAUCCCGACAGCUCUGCAGCUAUUGAAGACUUGAAGCAAUGUCUUGAAUACACAGGGCAGCAUUCAAAGCUGGUUGAUUCUUUUAUCUCAGCACUGCGAUACCGUUUGCUUACAGCAGGUGCCUCUACAAAUGAUAUCCUGCACCAAUAUGUUUCAACUAUUAAAGCACUUCGGACAAUAGACCCAGCUGGUGUAUUCCUUGAAGCAGUUGGUGAACCAAUAAGAGAGUAUCUGAGAGGGAGGAAGGAUACCAUUAAAUGCAUUGUUACAAUGCUUACUGAUGGAACUAGUGGGCCUGGAAGUGUUGGAGAUAGCCUUCUUGAAGAAAUAAACAGAGAUGAAGAAAACCAAGAUAGUGCUGGUCUAGAUGAUGAAAUAAGCACUGACGACAAACAAGCAUGGAUAGAUGCUGAACGGUGGGAACCUGAUCCUGUAGAGGCUGAUCCAUUGAAGAGCAGCAGGUGUAGAAGAAAAAUUGAUAUACUUGGGAUGAUUGUUAGCAUUAUCGGUUCAAAGGAUCAGCUAGUUAACGAGUACCGUGUCAUGCUUGCAGAAAAGCUUCUUAAUAAAACUGAUUAUGACAUUGACUCUGAAAUACGUACUUUGGAACUCCUCAAGAUACAUUUUGGAGAAAGCAGUAUGCAGAAGUGUGAAAUAAUGCUUAAUGACUUGAUUGAUUCUAAAAGAACAAACACAAAUGUAAAAACAACGAUAAAACAGAAAGUGCAAUCAGGUGUCGACCAUAAAGAGAAUGAAAUACCAAUGGAUGUGUUUGAUGCCACAAUCAUAUCUUCGAAUUUUUGGCCACCUAUUCAGGAGGAGGCCCUUAACAUACCUGAGGCAGUGGAGAAGCUUCUAAACGUUUAUGCUACACGGUUUAACGAGAUUAAGACCCCUCGUAAGCUACUUUGGAAGAAAAAUCUUGGUACUGUCAAGUUGGAAUUGCAAUUUGAAGACAGAGAGAUUCAGUUCACAGUCACCCCUAUACAGGCUUCAAUUAUUAUGAAAUUUCAAGAACAGACAAGUUGGACCUCAAAGGAUCUUGCAGCUGCUAUUGGGGUGCCAGUUGAUGUACUUAGUAGGAGAAUUAGCUUUUGGAUAAGCAAGGGAAUUCUGGCAGAGUCCUUUGAAAAUGAUUCUAGUGAACAUGUAUUCACCCUGGUAGAUGAAAUGAUUGAUAGUGGCAAGACUGUUAUCAGUAGUGGAAAUUGCGAGGAUCUGGCUGCAGAUGAGGAUGGAGAUAGGUCUGUGGCGACAGUUGAGGAUCAAUUACGUAAAGAAAUGACGGUGUACGAGAAAUUUAUUACAGGGAUGCUGACCAAUUUUGGAAGCAUGGCAUUGGAUCGAAUCCACAAUACUCUCAAGAUGUUUUGCACAGCUGAUCCCACUUAUGACAAAUCACUCCAGCAACUUCAAAGCUUUCUAUCUGGUCUUGUUGCAGAAGAGAAGUUAGAAAUAAGAGAUGGAAUGUACCUUUUGAAGAAGUAGGUGAUGAUGGAAUUGCAAUUUAUAUAAAUUUUCCAUCAUAAAAUCAGGUGAAUUACAAUUGCACAACUACUUUAUAAGCUUGCAUAUCUCCUUGCUGAAAUGCAGGAUAUCCAGGUGUAAAUGGGUAUAAUUACCAGUUAGUGUUUCUAUAAAACUAAAAAUUUUGGUUUUGUA